UGGGCGGAGUGGGCGGAGUGGGCGGAGUGGGCGUACCCAGCAUGAGCGUAAUGCUUCUUGUGGUCUACCUCGCCUUAGCUGCUGCUGAUGACAGGUUUACAUGUUGUAUGGGCGGGUGGAAAGUGAUGCGCGGGGUGACCCUGUGUGCAGCACCUUGUUGUCCAGGAUACGAGCACAGGAUACUCAAGAUGCCACUGCUCAAGUCUCCUGUUAUCUGCCACAAGCUCACGCAGGAGGAACUCAGAAAGAAGGAGGAGGCGGCUAGGAUCUCUAAAACUCCAGCAUCCAGCUCCUCCUUGGAGGAUAACACCUUGGAGGAUGAGCCACGACGCAUCAUUAGAGCAUCGUCAGAGUACCAAGACUUCCUCUACCGCCAUCGGCACUUCUUCCUUCACCUCAUGAAUGAAGGUUACUCACACAAGGAGCUUCUCACCAACAUGGAGAACUUCCUGAACAAGAUAUCAUCGACUGCCUACCAGCCAGAUUGGUUCCGUGGCUAGGACAACACGCCAUCAUCUUAGCCACGCUUCUGCGCCCACACUCUAGUGCUUCCACGCCCACGUUCCGGUGUUUCCACGCCCACACUAGUGCUUCCACGCUCACGUUCCGGUGUUUCCACGCCCACACUCCGGUGUUUCCACUUCCACACAACCUCCACGCCCACAACUCCACACCUACACCACCUCCACGCCCAUACCAUCACGCCCGCACCAUCUCCACAGCCCACAACUGUCACACAUACAUGCUCGUCACUAUCUACUUGCGUAUAUUUUGGCUUAAAUAGCAACGCUUUUCUUGCCGAAUAAGGCAAGCAAAAAUUUGUGUACGCAAUUUUAUUAUUAAAUUAUUGUAAACUUAUCUAAAAUAUAUAUAGUUGGAUUAGGAUAAAUUAAAUUGCGUUUGUUAUAAUAAGGUCAGGUAAGUUUUCUAAGGUUCUUUUGGUACAAAAUUAAUAAUUUUUACAUUAACAUAAAUGAAAUAAAUAUAUCUUUAAACGCAUAAGAGUGUUAUACACUGGUGUAUAACAGUUUAUCACUGUUAUACACCAGUGUAUAAUAGUUUAUCACUAUUAUACACCACUUUAAGGAAAUACUCUAAGAAAAUCAUACAAAAAUUUAAAGAGAAUAAUAGAGAGUAUCAGUUUGCUUGGGUACUCAGGUACUGCACUGAUGCCUGUGCUCUGAGCUGCUCUGUCUGAGUGGCUUUCUCUGAAUGGCUGUGACUCAACUGGUCUUGUAGAGUCCAGGCUCUUGGUAGGUGAAGACAUGAGGCUCUCAGAUAGAGCCUUAGUUGGUCACUGACUUAACUGUUGUGACCAGGGGAGAUGGGCGUUACUGAUGGGCGUGGGCGUGGAGACCAGGGGGAGGGUAUGAUUACUGAGGCUAGCAUGGGAGUAGUCAUGAAGGCUAGUGUGGGCGUGGUCAUGGAGGCUAGUGUGGGUGUGGUCAUGGAGGCUAGUGUGGGCGUGGUCAUGGAGGCUAGUGUGGGCGUGGUCAUGGGCUUGAACAACAGGACGCCCACAACUCAAGGGAUAACUUACCAUCACAAACACAAAAAAAAAUCAAUAAAACUGGCUAAAACAAAGCGUAAUACACAAGGAAAAACAGAAAAAAACAU